UGCUCUCCAAAGCAAUGAUGGUGGAUAAUGGUGGAUAAUGAUGACAGCAAGCCAGGCUUGAAGAAGGCUGACUUGGCCCCUGCUUUAGUCCUUCAUGGUCAUGAGUUAGACAAGCAGGUGGCUCUGAGCACUGUGGUCCCGUCUGUAAAAGAGAUUCCAUCAGCAAAGGCAAUCUAAUUGGGGCUUAUAUUUGGCACCCUUUACCCUGCAUAUUAUUCUUACAAGGCUGUGAAGUCAAAGGACAUUAAAGAAUAUGUCAAAUGGAUGAUGUACUGGAUUAUAUUUGCACUUUUCACCACAGCAGAGACAUUCACAGACAUCUUCCUUUGCUGGUUUCCAUUCUAUUAUGAACUAAAAAUAGCGUUUGUAGCCUGGCUGCUAUCUCCCUACACAAAAGGCUCCAGCCUCCUGUACAGGAAGUUUGUACAUCCCACGCUGUCUUCAAAAGAAAAGGAAAUCGAUGAUUGCCUGGUCCAAGCAAAAGACCGGAGUUAUGAUGCCCUUGUGCACUUUGGGAAGCGGGGCUUGAACGUGGCAGCCACAGCGGCUGUGAUGGCAGCUUCCAAGGGACAGGGUGCCUUAUCAGAGAGACUCCGGAGCUUCAGCAUGCAAGACCUCACCACCAUCAGGGGAGACGGUGCCCCUGCUUCCUCGGGGCCCCCUCCGCCUGGGGCUGGGAGGGCCAGUGGCAAACACAGCCAGCCUAAGAUGUCCAGGAGUGCUUCUGAGAGUGCUGGCAGCUCAGUGUGUACCUGCUGCUCCACCUGCCGGACCCAGAAAGUGGUUGAGGGAGAUGUGAAUGAGGGUGGUGUGAAGGCCUGGGAGCCCCGUCAGGUCCAAAACCCAUUGGCAUUUUCUGACGAGGAGGAGGAAGACCUGCUGGAUUUCAUGUACAAGUAUAAGACACUGAGAAGGACGGAGUUGCCCCUGGAGGCACCGCCUAGAAUCCUUCGAUCUCGCUUCAGGAAGAAAAGUACCUCAUCCUCAGCCAAUGAAACCACGUGAGAUGAGCCAACAGCAAGGGAUCCACAGAAUGUUUCUCCUCUGCCUUAAAGAGCUAGUCACUAAUUACAGAAAUCUGAAGGCUGGGUGUUCUUUGAGUGUGUAGCAUCACUGACAUGGCCUUUUCUCGCUCCCCUCUUCCACCUUGAAGAAUUUAUGUUUUCCUCCCUUCUCUUUAUUUUGCUGAGAGACUAAAGGGAAAGGUGGUGGUGAGGGGUGGUGACCUUUGAGUUUUCUGAGGUUAGUAAUGUUCCCCAAUUGGAUCAUCAUUACAGACAGCAGUAUUUUUAGAAAUGGAAAUCACCCCUUUGCUGCUGACAUGUACAUUUGUAAUUUAUCUGUUCCAUAUUUAGUUUUUAGUCCUGUAAAUGCAAAAAAGCAAUUUUUUAAAAAAACACUUUUUUGUUUUUUGGUACUAAUACUUUGGACUAUGAUGUACAUAUUUAUGGCUUUUGGCUUAAUGAACUUGCAAGGGCCGCCAAAGGUUCUAAGUGAGAAAACUGCAAAAACAGAAAUAUUAAAAAAAAAAAAUUUGAUUCUAGAGUGUCUCCAGUGUGCUUAUAAAGCUUCCAAAUCCAGCUCCAGUAAAGCAUCCCCUUUCCCUCAGGAAGAUGCUGUCUGUAUUUUUCUAGUGGUUGUGUAGUCAACAGACCAGAGACCUCGGGAGUAGAGAGAGACAUUAGCAUCAGGGAUGAGUGUUAGUGAGUGAUUGGGAGGUCACUGGAAGCUCAUCUCCUCCUUGGAUUCAGGGUUUGGAGCCUUUGAGCCCUGCCAGAGUCUUUAAUCCUGCCUCAGGCAAGUGACUCACCCUUGGCAACACUUCUUAGGGAUGGGAACUCAGAAUUGUUAGAAGGAUCUUGAGCAUUUCCUCUUGCCACGUGACUCUUUCUCCUUCAAAGUGGCCCAUGCUGCAGCUAAUUUCCUCAGGUAGAGAAGCCUAAAGUCUGAGCACUUUGUUUCAGAGAACACUAAGCAAAAUGAAACAGAACAUCCCCACAAAAAGCUAGAACUAUGCUUUGUUUCAGGUAUGUUCUGAAAUACAUGAGACACAUGUAGAACAACCCAAAGGGUGGGUUCUGGAAGGUUUUAGAGGUGGAGAUCAUUAUAGAUAAUGAUCAGGUCCACGGCCAGCUGUGGCUCACACCUUCUGCUCCCUUCCUGGCUUGUGUGGAGUAUGAAUGGGAAUGGACUCAUGCUCACAGGCACUCGGGUCUUUGGAUGUUUUCUAUCAGCCAGGAUUGCUUAGUAGGGGAAGAAAGUACUGAGGGGACUUCUUGCCAAGAUUGAGGAUUUUAUCUAAGAAUAAGAAUCUGAUUUAGAUGGAUUUGUAGUCUGAGGUAGCUGCCCUCCCCUCUGAAAGCUGAGCCAAAAUGUAGGACCAGUAUAUUUGUGCUUAGAGUUGGUGUUUUCUUUCAGUGUACUGCAUGCAGUGGUCACAAACCAGGUACUCAUAAUAUUUGGAUUGUGUUUGUUCAUAGAUACUCCCCGAAGACUAGAGAAGUAGUGUUAUAUACUGUAUAGAACUCACUGUCCACCGACUAAAAGCAGGCAGGCCCAAUCAAAACUGUCCCAAUACUGAGCUACGCAAACAUGCAUUGGUGGCCUUUGCUGAUGACACAUUAGCUGGAUUGAAGCCACCUUACAAAGCGUUUUAGUUGAAGUUGAUUGUUGACAGAUAUACAUAUUGAAAUCCCUUCUUCCCACACUUCACCUGAAGGUGAUUUUGUAAUUUACAAAAGGAUUUAGGAAAAUAGAUCUAAAAGCAAAUUCAUGGUUGAGAGGGCAAAUAGAAGCUGUCUGUUCACUGUACCCCACACCCACUGAUACUUAAACCCAUUAGAGAAGGCAGAAAUCCUGUUCUCUUCAAGCUCACUAAAUAGUUACAGAAAAGGAAAAAUAUACUCCUUAAAAUGUAUUUAUUAGUUGGACACACCCAGAACUAUCAGAAACAAGUGCAAAAAAGCUUAAGAGAAGCAGCUUUUUAGUAAACUUUUGUUUUGCCAAAAUAAAAAAUGCCUUUAGCAACGGAGUUCACCAUUUUACAAUGGAAAGUUAUAACAAAUCCAGGCUGUUUGUACUCAACUAUGCCAAAAAACCCAGUUUGAAGCACUCUACUCUCGGACAUGCUGUAUUACUUAAGAUUUUAAAAUAUAAGGUAUAUUCAAACUUCUGUCUUAAUGUAACUUUUUCAUUCAUGUGUUGAUUAGGGCGUGGUUUCUCUCUUGAAGACACUCACUGUACAACUGAGAGCAGCUGUCAUAUUUCUGGCAAAAUGUGUUUACUUAUCCAACAAGCUGUAUAUUUGUGUAUGGACAGACAUAAAAUGUGAAUGCCUAUCAGUGUA